AUGAUGACCGACGAGCAGCAGAAAAAACCUGCGUCUGCAUCCGAGACGAUUCCUGACAUCUUUGCUCGCUACCUGAAGGCGACGUCCGAUGAGGAGAGGCAGGCCAUUGUGCAGGCGCACCCGCCUCUGUUUGCGGGGCCGGUGAUCCCUGCGCUACAAGAAGCGCGACGUCACUUCAGCGACACGCUUCGGGAGGUAAAAGAGGCAUGUCGCAUGAUCGACGCCGUGUCCGGCAGCCUCGAGUACACCGGCACUCCCGUCGAACUCCAACCUAGGGAGGCGCAGUUGUUGCUCGACGAGGACACCCUACUCCACAGCUUCUCCACCUCGCUCGCCUCGUUGCUGGACGCGCGUGAGAAGCAGGGCACCGUUCUUCCCUCAGUUGCUGCAGAGGCGACGAUGUCAGGUACGACGGCAGGGUCGUCUGCGCCCGCGUCGUCUUGUGCAUGGGGUGCUGCAUCGGGCUUGUGGUUUACCCAGCCGGCGAUCGUGCUGGAAGUCUUGUCUUUUCUACCGACCGAGGUCGUUCUCGUGGAGGCCGAGAACGUGUGCCGACGGUGGCGAACGUGGCUGUUUGAGCCUGACGUGUCUCGCUUCUUUUGGGUCGGCUGCGUCCAGCGGGAGUUUCCGCGGCAGCUCGCGUUGCUUCUCCAGACCGAAGGCGAAGACCUGUUCCGGAGUGACUGGCGAUCCUUGGCUAUGCUUUGCGUCGCAGAGGAGGAGGAUAAGGGAGGAGAGACGCGACCCGCAGCGGAACUGGAAGCGUAA